AGUAGCUUUCUAAGGGCACGUGUUAGCCUUAAAUUUUAGUGAAGAGUGAGGGACUACACAGGGACAGACCCUACCUGAAAACGACCUGAGAAAAAGCUGUCGACAGGGUCCCGAUGGGCAAUAGUAAAUCUAUAGCUGAUUGCCUGGCAGCAGUUCCAGCUACAGAGACCUAUGUGUGGUACAGGAAAUUUAUGAUGGAAUAUCCAUCCGGCCUGCAAACACUGCAUGAAUUUAAGACACUCUUGGGUCUGCAAGGUCUGACUCAAAAGGCCAACCAACAUGUUGAUCAAGUCUAUGAUACCUUUGACAUGAAUAAGGAUGGAUUUAUUGACUUUUUAGAGUUUAUUGCUGCAGUUAAUCUAGUUGUACGAGGAAAAAUGGAGCAAAAAUUAAAGUGGUAUUUUAAGCUAUAUGAUGCUGAUGGAAAUGGUUCUAUUGACAAAAAGGAACUACUGAACAUGUUCACGACUAUACAAGCCCUCAAUGGCCAGCAAACUCUGAGUCCUGAAGAAUUCACCAGCUUGGUGUUUCAUAAGAUUGAUAUGAACCACGAUGGAGAACUGACUUUAGAAGAAUUUAUCAGUGGCACAGAAAAAGAUCAGGAUCUUCUGGAGAUUGUUUCCAAGAGCUUCGACUUUUCCAAUGUCCUGAAAGUUAUCUGUAAUGGGAAGCAGCCAGACACAGGAGCAAGCUUCCCUCAAACCAUCUGACAAGGCUGGUCUACAGAAGAUGACAGUGAAGUGGCUUUGAGAAUGGCUUUCCCAGGUUUCAGUUAAGAAGAAAUGAAAUAUACCCCAUGUAUAUGUUAUUGACUGCAGAUUUUUGUUAUAAUUGGUGCCAGUUUAUGAACACAUGACUUAUCUUAAGUCCCAUAGAGCCUUCCAUAAAAAUCCUAGACAAACCAUUGUUGUUUUUUUGUUUAUACAUUAGUAUUCUCUGGGCAGAUCAGAAUAUGAUGAUUAAACUGAAGAAUUGUCUCCUUAUCUAUCAGUUCAAAAUGGAGCUCACAUAUGCUUCCUUGCACACCCAAAUUAAUCUCAUCUUGAAAUAGAACUAGAUGAUCUGGGCAGUGUCUCCACAGGUUAGCGUACUUGUUAGACUAAACAUGUAUUUGGCAAAUGUGUUUACUGCCUCCUGGCUCUUGUUGCAUCCAUACAUCAUAAAUGACUGAGCUCUGGUCUAUUGAGAAACUUUUUUUUUCUCUUCUUUCCUACUCCCAACCCUGAAUGCUGUCUUGAAUCAGUAAUAAUGUUCUGUUGCAAAGGCAAAAAUCUUAAGCUCUGUAGUAAAAGAAAAAAAAUUCCGGCUGGGCAAUGAGAAUGUUUCUGUCUGGCUUGUUAUA